CAUUUCACCGCACAUUUUACGUGGAGAUCCUGUUCGCGUAAGCGGUAGUGUAGUGCGACGCGCGUACCUUUUUCGACGAUCCCGUCCAAGUACGGGGCGUAUUAACAUCGCACGGGCUGUGUCUGCCUGCGUCGCGCGAUGCGCUGAGGAAAGUUUGAAUCCCUGUUCUCGGUUCGAUCAGGGUCUCGCGCGUUUGUCCGCUCGUAGUGGCAUCAUGUUCGCGUCAACCAAGUCCAAAGAAGUCGCAGAGGAGUACAUCUCAUCUCUGUCUGAUCUUACGAUUAACAGUAAGCCGCUUAUUAACAUGCUCACCAUGCUGGCCGAAGAUAACAUCGAACACGCAUCAGCGAUAGUGCAAGCCGUCGAGGAUCAUCUGCAAAAGGUGAGAAGUGACAUCAAGUUACCGGUACUCUAUCUCAUCGACUCGAUUGUCAAGAAUGUGAAUGGCGACUAUCUGAAUCUCUUCACGCAAAACAUAGUAAACACAUUCUGCGGCGUGUUUGAGAAGGUCGACGAGAACACGAGAGCCAGCAUGUGGAAGCUGCGACAAACGUGGAGCGAUGUAUUUCCACCGCAGAAAUUAUUGUCAUUAGAUUAUCAGGUACAACGUAUUGAUCCUGCAUGGCCAAUCAUCCCAUCCGCUAGCAUCCCUUCAGGAUCCAUACAUGUCAACCCAAGAUUUCUUUCAAUGCCUCAACAAACUGCAACGUCAAUCGUUCCACCUGUUAAAUUGUCACCAGGAGAACCGACAACAACAGAAGCAGUCAUGCGAGAACAGUUGCUGAAGAAGCAACGAGAAUUGUUAGAAUUGCAAAAGAAGAAAAUUGAGUUAGAAUUGUUGCAGGCUAAAGCGAGUUUAGAGCAACAGCAGAGGCAGCUUGACAAACAAGCUGGAAGCUUGAAGACAGAAGUGAUUGUGUCCACUGCACAUGUUGCGCCAACUACGGAGACAACGACGCAGGCGAAAUCUAUAGCACCUCUAGUGCCAAAUCAAACUCCAAAACAAGUAGCAAAACAAUUUCCAGCAGCGACGGCAUCGCUUUUAAAGAACGCAGGAACAAACAACGGUCCACGAAUCGCACCAGCUAGUAGUAUAGCAGUAGCGUCGGCUAAACCAGUCUCGCGAGAUCCACGUUUGAAGCCCACUCCUGCUGUUCAGGAUGUGGCGGUGCCAACGGUAAAUCCACGACAACGACCGGGUACGACCAGUCCGAAAGAAGUGCGGAGUGAAGGUCAAACGCAGCAAGUGGCAAAUACAAUUGUAACUUCAAACCAAUUAAAACAGCAGAUACUUUCGAAAUCGGCUGUAACUAUCAACAAGCCUCCGGCGAAUCCUGCCGGAUCCGAUAAUCCGACGUUAUUAAACGUUAUUAAUAACAAUAAUGCUGAUAAUAAUAGCAAUAAUAAAAAUUUCAGUAGUAACAUAAAUAAAGAUGCUGUCUUGCAUCGAACAAGUCAAAAGAAAGAUCCUCGAUUAAAUAGUAAUAGUAGUGGUAACCUAAACAGUAACAACUCCAAGAACAGCCAGAGUUUAUCGGUUUCCAGUAAUAACUCGUCUUCAGUAUUAUCAACGGGCAAUCGAGGAAGUGGAGGUAGUGACGUCAACAAGUCGAAAGACUCGAAGAGCUCGAACUCGCGCGGCUCUUCCUCGUCUUCGGCUGACAAGUCUUCCACUUCCUCCAAGUCGUCGCAUAGGAAAUUAGGUAAUAAGUCGCGAUCUAAACAGCCUCAGAUAUGUCCGAGUAAGAUUCCGAAAGUCGACAGAGACUCGAGUCCGAUUAGGUCAAAAUCUCGUGAGAAAGACAGCGGAGACAGUUCACCGUCCUCACGUACCUCUCCACAAUCCUCCUUCCAAGCCUCGAAAAACCGCAAGAAAAAUACGAAAUCGAGAAAGCGUAGUCCAAGUCCUCCGUAUAGAAUCCCCAGGCGUAACGACGCGAAAUCGAGCUCGAACUUGAACAAUUCCGGUGGUGUUACUGAGGAGGAGCAAUCUGGAUCGCUGAUAGUAUCUCCUCCUCAUCCACCCGCAUUCAAAGAGAUCAGGCCGAACGCUAGACAGAGAAAUUAUGUAAGACGAAAUAAAGACGACAGUCUUAGUCCGGAACGUUCCCCAGCCAGUGCUGGAAAUACUCAAAUCGCUGCCGAGCCAACAUUGGAAUCCUCUAGCAAAGACGAAGAUCUCAGGGCACCACUGUCUCUACCUGGAGCCGCUGUUUCCAUAUCCGAAAAGAAAGAAGAUUUAGAUCUACGAGUAUUACCAUCGGUUAACACUAACAAAAGACGUAGUGAGGAAUGUGUAGAGGCGACUCCACCGAAGAAAACCAAGGCUGAGAAAUUUGACGCAUUAUUCGGUAAUGAAGACGUGGAUUUGCGCACGUUGACGCAUCCUAAAGCCGGUCGACCUCCGACGCCUCCACCGCCCGUAAUUUCCGGGGAGGAUGGAAAAGAUGGUUGGGCAAAGUUAAAGACGCCCACGAAGAAUGACAGAGAUAAGCAAGUUAACAACGUCGACGAUAAGCGCGAGAGGGACCGUAAUAGGGAUAGAUUAGGACGUCUUAGACUCUAUAACAAGCUCCCGGAUGAUCCUAAAGAGAGAAGAAGAACGUUAUCGAACGAGGAACAGGACACCAGGCCAGGGCGCAGAGGUCGGGAGAAUGAUAAGCCCGAGAGAAAUGACGAUAGAAAUAUUGAGAUAAUAAUGAAGCAAGCCGCCGAGCAGUUGAACCAGGGAUCGAUCACAAAAACGCAGUACAACACCUUGAUACAAGAAGUAUUGCAUAUGAGCGAGGACCGGAAAUUGCGGGCGGCGCAGCGUAAGGAGAAAGAGACUGGCACUGUGAUAUGGGAGAAGGGUAUCAACAUGGACAUAUCUGGCCCCGGGGAUCGCGUUGCGACAUUCAGCCCGUCCAACGAUAAGGAGAUGAUGCGAAACAAGGAGCAUCCGAUACCACGAAACCCGAACGGUCCGAGAUGGCAGAAUCAGCCGUGGCAACAACCGUGGGCGCAUCCGCCGGGGCCACCGUACGGCGGGCCGCAAGGACACUUCAAUUCGGACAUGAGACCUGUCGGUCCUUGGCAGAAUCCGCGACACUUCGGGCCGAUGCGACCGGAUUAUCAGUAUCAUAGCGGUUUCAAUCACAAUAUGGGACCCAAUCCGCGUUUAGGACCCGGUAUGAUGGGUCCGAUGGGUCCUAAUGGGCCGAUCAUGUCGAAUCUUUUGCCGAACGGCCCAAUGGGACCAAUGGGACCUAUGUCAAACUCUCCUAUGGCGAUGGGUUGUCAUCCCGCGAUGAUGAUGAACAACGGACCAAUGAGUAAUCUUAUGACAAACAUGCCACCUCUGACGUCUGGCAGAAACGUAUCGCCGAACACAUCCGCCAAGUACGACCUCGAGGAUAACGAUCAAAGUUACGGUAACUCGAAGAAUCCGGGUUCGCACAGCCGCGAAUUGCCGCCGCCAGACUCGAAACUGUUGGCUGAGAUAGCGAGAGAUACCAUGAAGUCCAUAAAUAUUGACAAUAUACCGCGAGAGAUUCGUUAUUACGGGCAAACCGGUGUGGUGUUCAUGAACUGGGACGAUCCACGAGAGAUCGGUUUCCAGGACGGCAUAAGAAGAAUAUUGAUUGACGAGAAAGAUACUAUAACUUGCGCAUUUAACGAUCAAUACAAGGAGUUUAUGUACGAGGGAGAGGUGCAUAGGAUCAAAUUGGGAGCACCCACUCGAGAAUUGUACGUUGAUGAUUGCUGGUACGAGUGUUACUUCGGCGGUAUGCCGAUAACAAUCGAACUCGGCGGGAAAAAAGUCAGCGUAAAACUGGAGGGUCCUCCGCCGCAAGUUAAGAUCGGCACCGUGAAGCGAACGGAUCUCGUAGUCGCGAAAAUUAAUCUUAUCAUCAAUGCACGCAAUAUGGUGCCGGUGUUUCUAGACGCGAAACCACAAAUAUUUGAAAUCGAGGGAAAGCCUCAUACGUUAGAAUUCACGGAUGCAUUGCAAACAGUUCUUCUAAAUGGACGACCGUUUAAGGUCGAAUUUGGGGGAUUACCUAAGCCUAUUAUUGUCAGAGACAAGAAGCAUUUUAUUAGGUUUUCAGUAUUACCUAGAGGAGUGCGUGCUGGUCAUGUUAAAAUUACCGGAAUGCGAGGCGAAGGUCCCAGCGAAUCGCCACCACCAGCGACGCCUAUAGUAGCCCAAAAACCGAAGAUAGACACUGCCCCUGCGCCAAGCCAAUUGCCCGCUAUAGAACACGAAUCCACGUCGCAGGAUGGUCUAGAUUUUACUUCUACUUCAAAGCCAGACCUGCAAUUAGAUAUAUUGUCGUCAGUUCUACCAUCAGCGAUGGCGCCGUCGUCCGGUUUGUCGUAUCAAGCCGAACCCGUGGAAAAUCCGUCCGCACCAGCACCGACAUUGCCACUGAAUAUGAGCGAAUUGUUCCAAAGAUUGGUUGAGACUGGUAUCGUUCCCAAUCUCUCGGAACAAAAGAAACAGGAGGAAGAAGAGAAGAAAGAUACUGAAAUUACUCCAGUGUCCUUUGACAAACCGGAAACUCUCAAGAUUAAACAGCCAGCAAUCGCAACAGCGUUGUACAGUGGCAUGCAAUGCAGUUCUUGUGGCGCCAGAUUCGCACCUGAGUUGGCUACUCGAUACAGCCACCAUCUGGAUUGGCACUUUAGACAAAACAGGCGUGAACGAGACUCUGCGAGAAAAGCGCAUUCCCGGCCCUGGUAUUACGAUGUCAGCGAUUGGAUACAGUUUGAGGAGAUCGAAGAUUUGGAGGACAGAGCGCAAAGUUGGUUCGAGACUGAGAAACAGACGGCAGAAACGGAAGGUAUGGCUACCGAUGAUUCGCCGCAGGAAACGUUGCAGCCCAGCGUGCCGACCGGCAGCGACGAAGAAUCGCGAUGCCAAGUGUGCCACGACGCAUUUGAGCAGUUCUAUAAUGAGGAAAAGGAGGAGUGGCAUUUGAGACCGGCAGUUAAUUACGAGAGCAAGAAUUACCAUCCGCUGUGUCUAGAGGAUUAUAAGGAAAAAAGUCUAGCGAGAGCAUUAGAAAAGUCAGCUUUGGCGCUUGAGGAGGCAGUUUCGGAAGUUGAGGAAAAUAAGGUAGAAUGUUCCGAAGAAACGCCCGGAAAUGAAACUAAACAAGAAGAGCCCAAUGCAGAAACGUCGAAUAAGGAGCAGCUCGAGUCGACGAAGAAUUUGAAUCAAGUGGAAAUAAACAUGAUGCAAAUUUUAGACUCUAUUGUUGGGUCAGAGAAAGAGAAGCCUGUUGACACAGAGAACACUGAAGCUCCGCAGACCGAUACGGAGACGAAAGAAAAUGAAGAAAGUGUCAAUGAGAAUACCGAAGGUGCCAUGGAGGAUGUUGAGAAAGACGCGCCUACGAUAAACAAAGAAGAUGAGUCUCCGGGCGAAAGUGCAACCGUACCUCUUGAGAAUAUUAAAAUUAAAGAGGAGCCACUGGACGACAUUGACGAGCAACCCGACAGCGAAAUGUUCGAUUUCGCCAACGUGGAAGUCAAAGAGGAACCUAUGGAACCUGAACCAGAUCCCGAACAAAUUGUGACUGAAUCUGGCACGGUCGACACAACGUAUGCCGCAGUGAAAAGCUCCAUCGACGGAAACGUGGAAUUGGACUCGACACCGGCGGCUAUUCCCGCGGCUCCAUCGCGAAUUAAGAUCAAUAUUACUAAACCGCUGAACAUUAACAAAGAGCCGGAGGAGAAUAAAGAGAAGGAGAAGGUAGCGGUUGAGACGCCCGUAGAGGAAAACGCGGAACAGCCGUUAGUGGCAGCUUCUAUUAAACCGAGUUUGCAGGGUAGGAAGCUAUCGAAUUUACCUCCCGUAGAAAAAGGGCAGGAAUUAUCAGGACUUUGUUCUAUUAUGUAAAUAGCGUGUACAAAGUUUGAAAAUGAGUCUCCAUGCGACGACACAGUGUAUAAAGUGCUAGAUUUAGGCUUAGAUAGAACACGAUCUAUUUCUAGCUUAUUUACAUGUUGUACAUCAUAAUUUUGUACAGCUUGUACGGCGUGAUGAUGUAACUCAAAAAAGUUUCCAUAGAAAGAUUUUUCGUUCUAUGGGAUAUUUUAACACACGGAUACACAUGGAUAUUUUAAAAUCCACGCUUGUCCUCGUAGGGUAUUUUAUCUCUUCUCAUUUAGAUAAAUUUACAUAAAUUAGUAAGUUUAAAUUAAUUUAUUAUGAAAUAAAUUAAUUUAAAU